AAAGGUGGAGUCCGGUUACAAACUCGUAACCAAACGCGAAAAGAGGGAGAAGAAAACGCUUCAAUUAUUUACACCAGAGCCCGAGAGACAAAUUAUAAGUUGUGGACACAUUUAACUGGCCUUAUAAGAGAGAUUUAAUUCGUAUCCAUGCAGUUAUAGGUUGGAUUUUGGCUGUCAGUGCGUCUAAAUGGACGUUUGAAGAACGAAAGUUAAACUUUAGUCGGGCAGUAUCCGGUUCAAAUAAAGGAGAGACAUCAUGGACUCUUUCAGCACGAAGAGCCUGGCCCUGCAGGCCCAGAAGAAGCUCAUGAGCAAGAUGGCAACCAAGACGAUGGCUAACCUCUUCAUCGACGACACCAGCAGCGAGGUACUAGACGAGCUGUAUCGAGUGACCAAAGAGUACACGCGCAACCGCAAGGAAGCCCAAAAGAUUAUUAAGAACCUCAUUAAGAUGGUGGUCAAGUUGGGCGUCCUCUACCGAAACGGUCAGUUCAACAACGAGGAGUUGGCGCUAGUCGAACGAUUUCGAAAGAAAGUACACACUCUCGCCAUGACGGCCGUUAGCUUCUACCAGAUUGAUUUCACCUUCGACCGUCGCGUCAUGAGCAAUCUACUCAACGAUUGUCGUGAACUGCUACACCAAGUCGUCAAUCGCCACCUCACAGCAAAAUCUCACAGUCGUAUCAACCACGUUUUCAAUCACUUUUCCGACUGCGACUUCCUCGCGGCGCUGUAUGGACCUUCGGAAGUUUACCGUGCACACUUGCAGAAGAUCUGUGAAGGAGUCAACAAGAUGCUGGAUGAUGACAAUCUUUGACCACUAACUUCUGUCUCAUUUUUUAAGGAAGUGAUCCGUUUAUUUGAACAUUUCUCUUUGUGUUUUUGUGCCCUGUUAAAAGAGCAAAGGGCUACUCUUGAAGUACGUUUGGUACCUUGCUUCUCGACAAGAUGGGACGUUUAAUGAAUUUAGAAGCUCUCGAAUGUAUGUUUGUCCUUCUAAUGGAACAUCUUUCUCUUCAACCAUCUGUAGCUCCUAUAUUUUUCAAGAUGGCUGUUUACAGCGUGAACUUAAUCGCCCCAAUGCAAGUCUUGCUUGCGCUUGUCAAGGGGUUAUUUGAGAAUGCAGAUUGUCUUCAAGUUCAGCCAUCAGAGGUAAUGAAGGAAGGCUUUCAGCUGACCAUUUGCAAACCUCUUUGAUGCCGAGACAUUUAACUGAGGAAAUAUUUUUCAAGCACUGCGAAAACGAAAUGCACUGGGGGACGUCUAUGAAACUUUCAUCUCUAAUUUUAGGAAAUGAGUCUGGCUGCAUCGCUUUUAUCACUUCCUGUUAAAACACACAUUUCAUUCUGAAACCCGAAGGCUUCUUGUUAUGUCUGUCCUGAUUCAUCUUCAGACAGGAAGUUGACAAUGUUCAUAUUGUGAAGGAUCAGACAUUUGUGAUUUUCUUGGUCAUAUAGCAGUUUACGCUCACCCUAUUUUCAUCGGUCCACUUCAUACUGCCUCACUAAUGGCGGAGGUCUUUACCACGAUGCAGUUCCUUACCAGGGAACGAAGAUAAUGCACGUUACAAGGUUUCGCUGUACUACCUUUCAACAUUCGUUUGUUAGCGGUUUUAAUUAAGGAUUUAAACAUGAAUGCAUACAUGCAGUAGCUGAGCCAUUAUUUCGGUUUAUACAUCACCUCUGAUAGCUAAAAGUUCAAAAAAUACAAAAACCGUUUGCACUUGCAAUGGAAGUAAAUGGGUCAUAUUGUAGACUUGCCCCCCCACUGUAAGUGGAAACCGUUGCAAACACUUUUAGUAUGUUUUUAGAAGUACAAGUCCCAUUUUUCGGUGGUAACAAACUACUCCUUUAAUGCCAAUUCUAGUGUCUUUUUACAACAUGGCUAAUAAUGAAAGAAUCCCAAAUUUAGACCUCACAUAUAACUGUGCAUUUCAAUCUGGGCUGCUUAAAAGUAUUUUUUGGUGUAGACGAAGCCUCUAUAAGGUGAUUAUUUGACAGUUUAUGGCCCCUUUUGCAUUUAAAAAACGUUUUAUUUUCUGUAUGUAUGCACUUAUUAUCGUCUUGCUUUCUAUCUUACGUCUACAUCUGAGGGUUGUUUGAAUUUGUUUUGAUUUCUUGUGAAUAGAUGUUUUAGUCCAGCUCAAGCUUAUAAAUAAAGGAUUGAAAAUAACAAACGUCGAAGGAAAUAUGUAAACUUGCGAGUAACGUUGACGGCAGCGUAAGCCAUAGCUCCUGAUUGGUUAAAACCUCUCAGGGUUUGGUCUUGCAUGCCUUUUACACUUGGUGUUUUGAGCCAAUUUGAACAGAUUUAGGACCAUUGAAUGCAUUCUCUUCCUUUACCUAAAUAUUAAAGGACUGUUUUUCAAAUUGCAUGUCUUUAUGGUGGAACCAAUUCUUGUCAAUGUAUGUUGUCGAUCUGUUUUCUAGAAAUGAUGUAUAUAAAUACAGUAUGUGUGUGUAUAUAAAUGAAUGUGUCAUUCUUAAGGAACUCUGUUUCUGUUUUUCUUUA